AUGGCUGCUAAACAGCCCUUCAUGCCAGAAUCUGAUUGGUCCCCUCCCUUAGGAGCCGUCCCUUCAGAAAUUCACGACCUAAAAAGGGGAGCUGAGAUUAUGUCAGAGGACAUCUUGGCAACAUUGGAUAAUUUAACUGAGGAGGAGUUGUCCAGAUUCAAGUGGUUUCUGCAGCAGCCUGAAAUCCUUCCUGGGCUUCCAUCUCUCACAACAAAACACCUGGAAAAUGCAAAAAGGUUACAGGUUUUGGAUGUAAUGUUGAAGACCUACACCCUUCAGCAAUCUCUUGAGAUAACAUGUCAGAUUCUAAAGAAAAUAAACAGGAAUGACUUGCAGCAAAGGCUACUUCAGUCUAAGAAGGAAGAAUUAAAAAAGAAAGAUUCUGAAUUUCAGGAAAUGAUCAAAUACAGACAAGGGAAGAUUGAGGAGAUCCGAGUGUCGAUUAAGAUCAGUAAAGAUGAUGAAGACAAACAGAAAGCAGAAGGGGUUGAAGUCUUCACUGCCCUGAAGGAGUCUGUUGUGCGCGGCUUGAUGGAACUCAUCAAUGAGAUCGAAGAUAAACAGAAAACUGCAGAGAAACAGGCUGAAGACCUCAUCAAAGAACUGGAACAGGAAAUCUGUGCGCUGCUGAAGAGGAGCUCUGAGGUGAAGCAGCUCUCCCAGUCUAAAGACCACCUCCACUUCCUUCAAAGAUUCUCCUCUGUGAAAGCUACUCCACCCACCAAGAGCUGGACAAAAAUCAGGGUCCAUCCACCAUCAUAUGAUGGGCCUGUGGAGAGAGCUGUGGGUCUGCUGGAGGAGAAGAUCAAGGAGAAGAGGAAGGAGGCUGAGCUGCGAAGGGUCCGGCAGUAUGCAGUGGAUGUGACUCUGGAUCCUAAUACAGCUCAUCCUAAACUCAUUAUUUCUGAUGACGGAAAACAAGUGAAACAUGGAGACAUUUGGAACAAUCUUCCAGAAAACCAAGAGAGAUUUUCUAACUGUAUUGAUGUUUUAGGACGUCAGAGUUUCUCUUCAGGUAGAUUUUACUUUGAGGUUCAGGUUAAAGGAAAGACUGAGUGGGAUAUAGGAGUGGCCAGAGAGUCCAUCAACAGGAAGGGGGACAUAACACUAAGUCCUCAGGAUGGUUACUGGGCUCUUUGGUUAAGAAACAGAAAUAGGUACCAUGCUGGUGCUGAACCCGGGGUCCGUCUCCAUCUCCAGUCUAGUCCUGAGAAGGUGGGGGUGUUUGUGGAUUAUGAGGAGGGUCUGAUCUCCUUUUAUGAUGUCGAUACUGCAGCUCUGAUUUACUCCUUUACUGGCUGCUGCUUCACUCAGAAACUCUACCCAAUCUUCAGUCCCUGUCUCAAUGAUGGAGGUAAAAACUCUGCUCCUCUGGUCAUCUGCCCUGUUAAUCAUGUCAAUGGUUGA